UGGCCCCUCCGGACUCGGCUCCUGCGCCCGGGGCCCGGGCCCAGCCCCGCCGCGCUAUGCCUGAGCCGGGCGCGCCCCGGCCAGCGCCCCACUGCCGCCCCCCGGUCCCCGCGUCGCCCCGGAGCCCGGGCCGCAGCCUCCGCCGCCCGCAGCGGCCCUGAGCUCGGCCCCGCUGCCCUACCCUUACAGCCCGCACGCUGCCCGGGGUCGAAGGCGCUGGGAGCGCGCGGGCAACAAGACCCCAGGAAGGCGCGGGAAGGAGAGCGCAGCCGCCGCCCGGCCCUGCGCGUCCCGGGAGCGCCGCGCGGCCCUGCCCGCGGGCUCGGGCGUCCGCGGGGCGGCGCCGCGGAACAUGACGGCGCCCUGGGCGGCCCUCGCCCUCCUCUGGGGAUCACUGUGCGCGGGUUCCGGGCGCGGGGGGGCUGAGACGCGGGAGUGCAUCUACUACAACGCCAACUGGGAGCUGGAACGCACCAACCAGAGUGGCCUGGAGCGCUGCGAGGGCGAGCAGGACAAGCGGCUGCACUGCUAUGCCUCCUGGCGCAACAGCUCCGGCACCAUCGAGCUUGUCAAGAAGGGUUGCUGGCUGGACGACUUCAACUGCUACGACAGGCAGGAGUGUGUGGCCACCGAGGAGAACCCCCAGGUGUACUUCUGCUGCUGUGAAGGCAACUUCUGCAACGAGCGCUUCACCCACUUGCCGGAGGCUGGUGGCCCAGAAGUCACGUACGAGCCACCCCCGACAGCCCCCACCCUGCUCACGGUGCUGGCCUACUCGCUGCUGCCCAUUGGGGGCCUCUCCCUCAUCGUCCUGCUGGCCUUCUGGAUGUACCGGCAUCGGAAGCCCCCCUAUGGUCAUGUGGACAUCCAUGAGGACCCUGGGCCUCCACCCCCAUCCCCUCUGGUGGGCCUGAAGCCGCUGCAGCUGCUGGAGAUCAAGGCUCGGGGGCGCUUUGGCUGUGUCUGGAAGGCGCAGCUCAUGAACGACUUUGUGGCUGUCAAGAUCUUCCCACUGCAAGACAAGCAGUCAUGGCAGAGCGAAAGGGAGAUCUUCAGCACACCUGGCAUGAAGCACGAGAAUCUGCUUCAGUUCAUUGCCGCCGAGAAGCGAGGCUCCAACCUCGAGGUGGAGCUCUGGCUCAUCACGGCCUUCCAUGACAAGGGCUCCCUCACGGAUUACCUCAAGGGGAACAUCAUCACGUGGAACGAGUUGUGCCAUGUGGCAGAGACGAUGUCAAGAGGCCUAUCGUACCUGCAUGAAGACGUGCCCUGGUGCCGUGGCGAAGGCCACAAGCCAUCUAUUGCCCAUAGGGACUUUAAAAGCAAGAAUGUAUUGCUGAAGAGCGACCUAACAGCUGUGUUGGCUGACUUUGGCCUGGCUGUCCGGUUUGAGCCAGGAAAACCUCCAGGAGACACCCAUGGGCAGGUGGGCACGCGGCGGUACAUGGCCCCCGAGGUGCUUGAGGGAGCCAUCAACUUCCAGAGAGAUGCCUUCCUGCGUAUCGACAUGUACGCCAUGGGGCUGGUGCUGUGGGAGCUCGUGUCCCGCUGCAAGGCUGCAGAUGGACCUGUGGAUGAGUACCUGCUGCCCUUUGAGGAGGAGAUUGGCCAGCACCCAUCGCUGGAGGAGCUGCAGGAAGUGGUCGUGCACAAGAAGAUGCGGCCCACCAUUAAGGAUCACUGGCUGAAGCACCCGGGCCUGGCCCAGCUCUGUGUGACCAUCGAGGAGUGCUGGGACCACGACGCGGAGGCACGCCUGUCCGCGGGCUGCGUGGAAGAGCGGGUGGCCCUGAUCCGGAGGUCGGUCAACGGCACUACCUCGGACUGCCUUGUCUCCCUGGUGACUUCUGUCACCAACGUGGACCUGCCCCCUAAAGAGUCAAGCAUCUAAGACCAGGACACAGGUGUCUAGACUCAGUGGAUCUGAAGAAGAAAGGAAAAAACAAGUUGUGUUUUGUUUUGGAAAUCCCUGAAACCAACAAACACAUAAAAUGCAGCUGCUAUUUUACCUUGACUUUUUAUUAUUAUUAUAAUUAUUAUAAUUAUUAUUAUUAAUGUUAUUUUUUUGGAUUGGAUCAGUUUUUACCAGCACAUUGCUCUACUGUAUUGCAAACAGCGGAUACGUCAGCAGGCGUUGAGGUGCUGAGCUGUGAAUGCAGAACCAGCGCCCUGCUGAAGAGCCUCAGCCACCUCCUGCCCUUUGGGCUUUGUUUUUCCUGCUUUCUUCUCUUUGUUUGUUGUCUCAGAAUCUGUGACACAAAGAAACCCAUCUCCUGUCUUAGGAAACUUUAAUGCUGCAAACUCUACCUAGAGGAACCUUUGAAGACUGUUACUUAAGAACACACCUUCCUCAGAAGAGGCGUUUCCUCUCCCCUCUGCCCUCACCCCCCCCACCCUCCUUCCCCACCUUUUAUUUGUUUUUUCUCCGUUUUUAGACAGUGAGCUUAAGAAACAGCAGAUGUGUCUUUCACGGAUCUAACGGGUGUUGUCCUGACCGAGGAAAAACUGGGAUGAGGAGGAGGAUGGUUGUGAACUGGAUUCGGAGGGGAGGACGGUGCUGGGGGUGGGAUUUGGAACAGAGCUACACUGGACUCGGGCACAUUUGGAGCAACAUCCUUUACUACGGAGGCUGCUUCUCAGGUAACCUGGAAUCGAGCGGAAGGGCCUUGUGGAGGCCGAGCAUUAACAGCAAGAGCGGGGUUUGGAGAAAGUCUGAAAGCCAAGGUAGCUCUGACUCACCUGCUACCCUGACCAGUUUUUCCCCACUCGCUUGGGCUUGGGCAUGGGAUAAAACAUUUUUUUCUGCCCUACUUUUAAGAUAGGUGAGGGUAGAAACCACCACAGUUCAAUGAGUACAUUCUUCACCAGACAUGAUGCUGUAAAUACUUUUCAGUAGAGGAAAAGUUGAAGAACUUUGCUUCCUCCUGGAGUAGUUCAGGGAUAUGCCCCCAGGGGGGUGCCCUUCACGGCUGGGGCAAGAGGGAUUUCCUGGGCGGGAUCGCCAAGGCCUGCCUUUCUGGAGACCCUGAAGUCCUACAGCGCUGGCCCUGCCCCGCGUGGUAACAUUACUCUCCCUUUAUGUGGCUCAUAGACACGGCUUUCUCCAGACCCCUUAAAGUGGUGCAUAUCCUAAAAACCGUUUCUCUAUUAUGCCAUAACCCUGCUCUAGUCAGUGAAUGUUCCUAAUGCUGCUGUUUCAACGUUUGAUUUUUUUUUAUUUUAAUUUAUGAAACAUGAAGUUUUUUUUUUUAAACAAAACACACACACAUCCACAUAUACACACAUGCUUUGCUAUGUGGCUUCCAAGGUUUAAAUUUUGAAAAGUGAAAGAAUUAAAACUUCACGACCACAGACCACCUCAAACCAGAAAUACCUCAGAAUUUUCUACUUGUGUAAGUUUUAUUUUAUAUUUUGUUAGUUGUGUUGUCUUGUAGUAAGUAUAUUUUAAUGUGAGUUGGCUUUUAUGGCAAGGGAGAGUAAAAGAAAUAGGGAAAAAAAGUUUGAGUCUUCUAGGGAGUGCUACCAUUUUUGUUUGAUAACACCCCCUUGUAAAUAAUUGUCAUCAACUGUAGGUUGGCUGUCUGGGCCAAGUCUGGGCAUUCAUCACUCUUGUUUGUGAGGGCUUUUCCUUCUGGUUUCUUAUUUUAUUUGAAGACAGUGCAUCUUUUUGUCUUGAGGGUAGGUGAGUUGGUGGGCAGUGGGGAGAGGGCUGAGGAGGGAUGCCUCCUCUCGGGUUGUUUGGAGGUUCAGGCGUUUCCCAUAACUUGAUUGGUUGAUGUUCAGAAUGACAAGGAACCUCACUCUAACUUAAAACUGUGGCCCUUAGACCCGCACGAGAUAAUUUUACUUGAGUUCAAUAUCUUAAGCAAAUCAGCAGCAACAUUAGCGGGGGAGAUCUGUAAAGGCUGUGAAUCCUCACUGUACUUGGGGGCGGUCUGUCAUCGAGUGGUGUGUCCGGGAGUGGGCAGUUCUUACCCUUUGCCAGUCGUCGAGUUUGGAGUCUGAGUGAGCACUGCACAUCCCUUGGGCCAUCUGCUCCCCACACGGCAUGUUGUGUACAGUGCGUGGGCCCUGCCCCUUGGGUGCGUCCUUUUCUUGGGGUGUGUGGGCACAGGGUGCUGUGUGUAGGGGGUGUGAGUUGCUCUCAGAGCUCAGUUUUUGCUUCAUGGGUCAGAGUGUGGGCUGGCCAAGGUGGUUACGGGGACAGCAUUUUUGUUUGUUUUUG